AUGCCAGGGGCUUUAGAGCACAAAGUUGUGUUUAAGGUUCGUUGGGAAAACUCGUGGCUACUUUGGGUCCAGCGAGAGAAGAAAGAUCUGUUUAUUGAUGAAGAAGACUGGAAUGAGUUUGUGGAUGACAACUGUUUAGCUCCGAAAGAUGUAUUGGUCUUCACACACGACGACACAAUGUGCUUUGAAGUCCAAAUCUUCAAGAAUGGUGAGAAAGAGCUCAUGACGGCUCCACUUGAAGUUAAACCCGAGACCGAACCGGCUCCAGUUGAAGUUAAACCCAAAUCUGAACCGCUUCAUCCUAAGCCUCACCAGGAGACAACAACUGCAACUGGCUCCACCUCUGCAAAUGGCGGGAAAAAGAGCGGAUCCAAACAGAAUCGUGAUAAUGUCAAAAACCCUGAGCAAUACCUCCUGAAUCCUCAAAGCCCUUACUUGGUGAGAACGCUGGCAAACAGGAACGACGUCCUGUAUUUCAGCCAAGAAUUGAUUCAGAAGUAUGACUUGAAGUUUGGUCCUGUUCAUUCCGCCAUCACUUACAUUCUUCCCGACGGAAAACAAGAUGCCUUCUUUAAGAUAUAUAGCCGUAACAACUAUUGUUUCAAUGGCUGGUCUGCUGUUUGUCGAAGGCUAAAGCUGAAAGCUGGAGACAGUGUUGUCUGUGAGUUUGAGCGCUCAGGAGGAAUCGUGACGGCUCUUAGAGUCCAUUUGGUCAAGAAAUGA